CAAUGCAGUGUUAUUGACAUAGUAUUCGACUGUAGUGAGCUUUCCAUUGACCAUUAUAUGCAACUCAGACACAUAUCGAUAACUUAGAGAACUCGAAUAGAGAUCUGCUCAGCCAUAUGCACCGAUAGAUCAAAUUCCAAUAUGCAAAGCAUUCGCAGGUCGACCCGUCUCCGCGGAGCACUCGAAUACAGACAGCUGUUUGGCAACUUCCAGGCUUUGACUAACACGCGCAUGUCCAUACACACAAUUCUGUGUACUCGUUGCACCCAGAAUAGACUUGAUAUAUCGGUUAUGACAUCAUUCAGUACAUACAAGAAGUUACUUUCGCCAAAGCACAGGCUGGCGCAUUCAUUGCUGAAAAGUAGUCAUUGCGGAGAGAGCAGUAUUUCAAGGGCUCAUAUUCUUAGUCCUGCGAGUAUAUGUAGCUAUCGGUACUUAACUACUAAAGACAAGUCAGACAAGCAAACAAUAGGUGAAGAUAAAUUGAAAAUAGAUUGGUCGAGGGCGUCCGCAAUUCAUAGUACUGCGCUUCCAGGCGGGGCUAGAGAGGUCAGCGAGUCAUGGGUAUCCAGAGGCAAGUACAGCAUCCCGUACAAGACCAUCAGUGUGGUACAAAAAGAGGGAACUAUUGGAGAUGAAGUGUGUGUACGUGGUUAUGUGAAGUCGGAUCGCAGGCAGAAGGACGUGACUUUCUUGGAUGUAACGGAUGGGACGGUGAUGCAUGCAUUGCAGGUGGUCGGUACACCGGAGAGCAUACCACGGUAG